GCGGCGUGGGGGCCUCGGGGCCCUAAGCAGGGCACGUGCGGGAGGAAGUGGCGGUGUCUCUGCGCGUGGCGAUUGUAGAUCCUUCCGCGUGGAGCCAUGGGAGGCCUGGAGAAGAAGAAGUAUGAACGAGGCUCUGCCACAAACUACAUCACCCGAAACAAAGCCCGGAAGAAGCUGCAGCUGAGCCUGGCCGACUUCAGGCGGCUGUGCAUCCUGAAGGGCAUUUAUCCCCAUGAACCCAAACACAAGAAGAAGGUCAACAAGGGCUCCACGGCAGCCCGAACCUUUUACCUUAUCAAAGACAUCAAAUUCCUCCUCCAUGAACCCAUCGUCAACAAGUUCCGGGAGUACAAGGUGUUCGUCCGGAAGCUGCGGAAGGCCUAUGGGAAGAGUGAGUGGAACACGGUGGAGCGUCUGAAGGACAACAAGCCCAACUACAAGCUCGACCACAUCGUCAAGGAGCGGUACCCCACGUUCAUAGAUGCCCUGCGGGACCUGGACGACGCCCUCUCCAUGUGCUUCCUCUUUUCCACCUUCCCGCGGACUGGCAAGUGCCACGUGCACACCAUCCAGCUGUGCCGCCGCCUGGCCGUGGAGUUCAUGCACUACGUCAUCGCCGCCCGUGCCCUGCGCAAGGUCUUCCUGUCCAUCAAAGGCAUUUACUACCAGGCUGAGGUCCUGGGCCAGCCCAUCGUGUGGAUCACGCCCUACACCUUCUCCCACGACCACCCCACAGACGUGGACUACAGGGUCAUGGCCACCUUCACCGAGUUCUACACCACCCUGCUGGGCUUCGUCAACUUCCGCCUCUACCAGUCGCUCAACCUGCACUACCCACCCAAGCUCGAGGGUCAGGCCCACGUAGAAGCGAAGACCCGUGAGGACACCUACGCUUUGGACUCCGAGAGCUCGAUAGAGAAGCUGGCUGCCCUCAGUGCUAGUCUGGCCCGUGUGGUCGUGCCAGCAGAGGAGGAGGAAGCCGAGGUGGAUGAGUUUCCUGCUGAUGGGGAGAUGGCGGCGCAGGAGGAGGAUCGCAGGAAGGAGCUGGAGGCGCAGGACAAGCACAGGAAGCUGUUUGAGGGCCUGAAGUUCUUCCUGAACCGCGAGGUGCCCCGAGAGGCCCUGGCUUUUGUCAUCAGGAGUUUUGGGGGGAACGUGUCCUGGGACAAAUCUCUGUGCAUCGGAGCCACCUAUGACAUCACAGACUCCAGCAUCACCCACCAAAUUGUCGACCGGCCUGGGCAGCAGACCCCCGUCAUCGGCAGGUACUACGUGCAGCCCCAGUGGGUGUUUGACUCUGUGAAUGCGCGGCUCCUCCUGCCUGUGGCAGACUACUUCCCCGGGGUGCAGCUGCCCCCGCACCUCUCGCCCUUCGUGUCAGAGAAGGAAGGCGAUUAUGUGCCCCCUGAGAAGCUGAAGUUGCUGGCCCUGCAGCAGGGCAGGCACCCAGACGUCCUUGGCUCUGUAGGAAAUUUGAAUGAAUCUGAAGAGGAAGUUGAGGAGGAAGACGAUGAAGGUGAUGGUGAUGAAGAGAAAGAAAAAGAAGAGGAGGAAGAAGAAGACAUGGAAGCUGGUUCGGAAAAGGAGGAAGAGGCCCGACUGACAGCCCUGGAGGAGCGGAGGAUGGAACGGAAGAUGGAGGCCCAACGGACGGCCCCAGAGGAGCCAAGGACAGAGGGGAGGAUGGAGGCCCAACGGACGGCCCCAGAGGAGCCAAGGAUGGAGGGGAAGAAGCCCAGGGUGAUGGCGGGCACAGUGAAGCUGGAGGACAAGCAGCGGCUGGCCCAGGAGGAGGAGAGUGAGGCCAAGCGCCUGGCCAUCAUGAUGAUGAAGAAGCGGGAGAAGUACCUUUACAACAAGAUCAUGUUUGGCAAGAGGCGCAAAAUCCGCGAGGCCAACAAACUGGCGGAGAAGCGGAAAGCCCACGACGAGGCUGUGAGGUCUGAGAAGAAGGCCAAGAAGGCAAGGCCGGUGUGAGUGACGGCAGCCUCGCGAUGGGCGAGGCCAGCUCCUGACAGCUGGACUUGGCACAGGCACCCAGAGGGCCUGGGCUUGAUGACAGACCAGGGUCUCUUCUGUUUUCAUUCGUCUCCUCCCUCUGCCGGCCCUGGCCUCCUCUCACAGUGUCUGGCUGGGCCCAUGGGCAGCCCCAGUCCCCUUUGGAUGGAGCUCCCUGCUGGUGGCUGGGCAGAGAAGAGGCCUCUGUGCCCGGCCCGACAUGAUACUCCCAAGAGUCAAGCGACACCGGUGGCGGGACCCAACCAGCCUCUCACUGACUGCUCCCAUUCACCCUGACUUUCUGUACCCCCUGCCCCCUGUGCGUGGUUGGACCCAUGAUUCUCCCAGUGUUGUCAUGGGAGGAGGGUGGGGAAGCAUUUGUUAUUAAAUGGCUGGAGUUUUGUAGCCAAUUGAA